CUGGAGUACCUGACGGCCGAGAUCCUGGAGCUGGCGGGCAACGCGGCCCGCGACAACAAGAAGACGCGCAUCAUCCCGCGCCAUUUGCAACUAGCCGUGAGAAAUGACGAGGAGCUCAACAAGUUACUUGGGGGUGUCACCAUUGCCCAGGGGGGCGUUCUACCCAACAUCCAGGCUGUCUUGUUGCCCAAGAAAACGGAGAGUCACAAGCCUGGCAAGAAUAAGUAAUCGGGACGCUU